AUGGCGGCUCCCUCGUUCGCGCUGGGCGACGUCGUGCGCUUCGACCGCGGGCAGUACAGCCACCUGGCGCUGUAUGUGGGCGGUAACCGUGUGGCGCACUUGUGGUCGCCCUCGGAGCGCGACUUCCAGGUGCGCGUGGACUCGAUCCGCUCCGUGCAGCGCUCGAACGCCGCUGAGGCGUCCGAGCCGCCCGAGAAGUUCACAGACGAGCUCGACAAGAGGAUGCUGGCGGACCACAAUUUACAGCCGCUGGAGGGGGGCGAGGUGGUGCGUCGUGCCAUGUCGCGGCUCGGAGAGGCGCAGUACAGCUACUUGGCGCACAACUGCGAGCACUUCGUGACCUGGGCGCGCUACGGCUUCGGCGCGUCGCCGCAGGUGGCGUCCAACGCUAACCAAGUGCUGGCAGGCGCCAUGGUAGGCGCUGUAGUCGGCGGCAUGGCUGGAUUUGUCGUGGGAGGGCUCAUCUCGCUGUUCACCAAGGCGGACGCACUCACGACGUCCUCUGGCGUGGGGGCUUCCAUGGGUUCGGCGUCGGCUGGAAUGCCAGCAGAGUUAUCUAACGGAGAAGCGUCGUCGGAGGAAGGGAACGACCGCCAGAGUGAGACGGAGGAGCAGGUGCGUCGGGCUGCGAGGGAGCUGUUGUGGAAUACUCUCCCGGCAGCUAGUGCGCCGGCGGCAAUGGAUGCGAUGACGCAGAUGGAGAAUUGGGUUGAGACACGAAGACGCCGCGCGGCGGCGGACUCGGCGAGGAAGUACUCGGACGAUCGCCACAAUACUCUGGCGAACCGACUGGUGGAGGAGGAGUUGCAGUGCAGUAUCUGCUACUCCGAUUUGCUGCGCGUGCGAGCGGUGGCUUUCCCGUGCGACCACUUCACGUGCGCUGUGUGCUACGCUGCGGUCCAGGCCAACAUGGAAGGGGAAAAGUGCUGCCCGUAUUGCCGUCUGCCGAUCGUGGAUGCGGAGGAAAUUCACAAGUCCACGAAGCUGCGAGCGAAACACCUCCUCCACAGAGACGAUGAGUGA